AUAUACCCACCUUUCUUCAUUUAACUUUUUUCUAUUUGUAUCCACACCGCUCCUUUUUUUGGGUCUUAACUAGAUCUUCCUUGCUUUUGCUGCUCUGAAAUCCAAAUCUCAGCCUCUUCUCCAUCUCUCUGUCUCUCUCUUUUCCUCUCUUCUUUCACAAAUCCGUCUUUUUCUUUUCUCUGAUUCCAAUCUUCUAAACCCUUCAACUUCCCGUUUAUUUAAGCUUUCAUUUUCUCUAGUUUGGGGCAUUUUUCUUUCUUCUCUUGUCAACUUAGUAUUGUUUUGGAGCUUGGGUUUUGCUGCUCUUAAAACAGAGCUAUUCCUUUUUGGUUGCUUUUUCUUCAAGAUCUUAUCUAACUCUGCUUAUAAACUAAGCUGAAAGUGUUUUUUUUUUUCAUGGUGAAAUUCCUUCAGAAUCUUCUUCAUCUUCGUUUUAAAGAACGUAGACUUAGGAUAAGGAGGAUGGUUUUCUAGCUCCUAGCAUAAACAUAGCAGAAAAAAAAUAAAAUAAAAAACAGAGGUUGUCAAUGGAUUCAAGUACCCAUCAAAGCUAUCAAAAUCAAAACAACCAAUCCAAUUCUGGGUUAUUACGUUUUCGUUCAGCUCCAAGUUCUCUCCUCGCUACCAUUGAUUGCGGCGUCAACAAAGGUGGUUUCGAGUCUAGAUUCAUAAAUCCAAGCAGUGGCGGCGAUAACGAAACCGAGGAUAAAUCUGGGUCAGAGGCGGCUGUUAACUAUGCCAAUUCGGCGCCGACUUAUUCAGGAUUGCCGCCUCAGUAUCCGAGGCAGAGUUGUCCAAUGGAUAACUCGUAUGAGUUAUUGGGAUUGAAUCAUCACGGUCAAGGGAAACCCGUUACUUCUAGCUUAAUGAGACAAAGCAGCUCCCCUCCAGGGCUUUUUACCAACUUAUCUGUUCAAAAUGGGUUUUCUGGCAUGAAAGGUUUGGGAAACUACGGUGGGGUGAAUGGUACAAGUGGAGAAUUAAGUCCAUCAUCAAAUAGAUUAAAGAAUCAGAUUAGUUUCUCAUCGAGACAACCUUCAUCAUUAGGCAUUUUGUCUCAGAUUUCUGAAAUCGAAAAUGAAAACCUUGGGGCUAAUAGCUUUGAUGGUGGCAAACCUGAAUACCAAUGUGGUUCUUGGAAUGAAUCUGCACAAUUGACUGAGAAGCACAAGUUGUUUACCAAUAACCAGAAUGGAGAUAUUGGAAGUGGUGUUCAUGUAUUACCGCGCCAUUUGAGUCUGCCAAAAACUUCGAACGAGAUGGCUGUCAUGGAGAAGUAUCUACAGUUCCAAGAUUCAGUCCCUUGUAAGAUUAGAGCUAAGCGUGGUUGUGCUACUCAUCCUCGAAGCAUUGCAGAAAGGGUGAGAAGAACUCGUAUCAGUGAACGGAUGAGAAAACUUCAAGAGCUUGUUCCAAACAUGGACAAGCAAACAAACACAGCAGACAUGUUGGAUUUGGCUGUGGAGUACAUCAAGGACCUUCAAAAACAGUUCAAGUCUCUAAGUGACAAUCGUGCAAACUGCAAGUGCUUAAAUACUCAGAAGACAGUCCCUAAUCAAAUUUUAUGAUUUCCUUUUCUUUUGUGGGAAAGAUCCAUCAUCGAUAAGGAUGGAGAGAAGUGGGGCAGAAUUUUUUCUGAGAUGAUAGAAUUUGAAUCCGUAUCAAAUAAAUGUUCGACAAGAACUUUAAUCACUGUUCCGUAUAAGUCAAAACAGGCAGAAUUUUGAUACGAAUGAGUUGUUGUUGUCGGGUUUUUUUGGAAUGUAAAACGUUUGGUUGCAUUUUCAUCACAAGACUCGAAUCCUAAGCUAAGAAAGCUUCCCACUUUGAGGAAAUAAUAUGGAAUAAAACGAAAAAUGUAUAGGAAAUAACAA